AUGCUGCAGCGGGCGACGUUGUGGCUUCUGCUCGUUCUGGUGAUUCCCACAGUUCCCAAGGACGUGGCAGAGGAGUAUGCCACCAACUUCGUGCAGCGGAAAGUGGGGCGAAUAGCUGCUUCAGUCAAGGACACGCCACGCGCUGCGGUCAAGCCUUGGCAAGUGCGUAAGUACGUCGGCGUCAGCUUCCACAAGUCUGGCACGGAAUUGAUCGACCACCUGUGGUACCAUAUGUUCGACGCUCUCGGAGCAGGCCCCUUCGAUAUCGGCAAGAACACGUCGUACAACAGCACGAGUUGGAUCAGGAACCAGGUCAGUGUCAUUUUCCCAGAUGCGCCCAUCCAGCUGAGGGAAGACGUGUGGUGGCCCGCCGUGGAGCAAGAGAUGCGUGAAGCUGCAGCACCUCAACCGAUCCGCAUCGCAGCAAUCGUUCGGGAUCCGUUAGACAUGAUCGCCUCAGCCUACUGUUACCAUCACCGCGGCGAGGAAAGCGACAACCUGCAGUUCUUCCCUAGAGGUACCUUGCAGUCCAUGGGCCCCAAGGAAGGGACGGCCUUUGCGGCGGAGAGAAUGUUUGGGGUAGUCCAGAACAUGACGGAAAGCUUCGAGACCCCAAAAGAGGAUAUCUUGGUGAUAAGGUAUGAGCACAUCACCGCCUCAUCCAAGGGAUUCGACGAAGCCAUAAGGACGCUGAUGGACUUCUUCUUCACGGGAUUAAUUUCUCAGGAGGAGUAUAACUCUGCACUGGAGGCCAGCAGACACGUAGACUUGCAUCGUUUUCCAGAUUUCUGGGGACACACGAGCGAUGCCGCUUGUGUCGCAGAAGCGAAGCAGGCUGCAUUGGCCAUGCCAGGAGACCUCCUGGCACCGUUUCACUCAUUCCAGCAAAGGCUUGGAUAUCCGCUUGCGUGA